CGACCCCAGGCCAUCAUAAUAAUAAGAGUUGGUGGUCCCGAGACAGUGUCUGUCCCAAGGCAAGACACCUUCGUCUUCAACAACCCCCGUCCGGUGCAACAAAGAAAGCCGCAGCUGUCCGCCGGAUAUGCGCCGAUUUUUUUGCCAGCCAUGGGGCCUCAUCUACAAAAAUGUCCUCACAACCACUGUCCGACGUCCAGCUGGCUUUGUUCUCUCUACUUGGUUCUUUCCCACGACCAUCCUUGCCCUCCUUUUGUCGAUCCCGUCCUUCCUCCAGAGCCCCGAUGCUGUCGGGAUCUCGGACGCGUCCCUUAUCCGCCCGUUGGCGGAUGUAGUGGAUAAGAAGCUCGUCAUCGUACGACCACCAGAAGUCGGCAAGGAUGUGGACAGCAUCAUUGACACCUUUACCGAAACCCUCCCGAAGAACAGGGUCGCCUUAUACCGAAACGAAUCCUCCUUGGAAUCAGUGUGCCUACCGAACGCACGCGGAGUCAGCGACUGCCACGCCAUCGUCAUCUUCAAAGAUUCGCCUCUCACAGCCUCGUCAACGCGAGAAGCAUCCCAUCGAAACAGCAGCCACACGUGGCAAUACAUAAUCCGCGGUGAUCCUGCUCGGGACAACCGGGCGCGAGAUUUCAAGAAACACAAGAGCGAUCAGGAAGAUGUAUAUUUACCAUUGCAACUCGCCAUCAAUAAUGCCAUCACGAACUCGACGGCGGUGCCCGAGACUAUCAUGUUUGCACCCGAACAGCAAGGAGAAAUGGAGCAGUCAAGCAUGGUCACAAAUGCGGCCAUCAUCGCGAGAAUCUACGCGUUUGCCCUAGUCCUGGUCCACUUCAGCAUUGUCUAUCGUCUCGUUUCCUUCAUCACGUCCGAAAGAGAAUCUGGCAUGUCUCAGCUCAUCGACUCCAUGGGCGGAAGGAGCUCCAUAUACAGCCGUGUCGUAAGCUGGGCCGUAAUUACCGACCUGGCUGCUCUGCCAACUUACAUAGCCAUGGGCUUCAUAUACCAACGCCUAGCGUUCCCCACGCAGAGCGCUGGUAUAAUCAUUGGGUGGCAAGUAAUGAAUGGCUUUGCGAUCAACAGCUCUGUCAUCUUUGCCGCCUCCUUCUUUUCCAAGGCGCGUCUAUCUGCGGUUUGUGUCAAUUUUCUACUCGCUCUACUGUCAAUCAUCGCGCAAAUGUACGCCUCCGAAAGCAAACCACACCCCCAGCAGUCAGCAGUAGCAGCGUUGUCUCUGCUCUUUCCCAGCGCCAAUAAUGUCUACUUCACGCAACAAAUGAGCCUCUGGCAACUCUCCGGGCUCCCGGCUGCCAUCACCGAAUUCCCGCCCGAGGCUGCGGGUCUGUUUUCUUCCUCAUACAAGGUAAGCCAAAGCAAACUGCUGAACUUCCUAGUCAUCGACAUCUUCCUUUACCUUUUCGCAGCAAUGGCAAUGGAGAAGGUGAUCCACGGGGUUCACUAUCGAAAAAGGAAGUUUGAGCCUCGCUCUGCGGACUCUUCCAGAUUUGCUCUGGAGGUCCUGUCAAUGACAAAGACGUACUCCACCGCCAGUUGUCUGUCGCGAACCUGCUGCUGCUGCUGCAAAGGGACCCGGAAAAGGAUUGCCGUAGUAGACGGCGUCACUUUUCAGACACAAAAGGGUCAGAUCACAUGCCUUGUAGGGCCCAAUGGCUCCGGCAAAACGACACUUUUACACAUGAUGGCCGGGUUCACCAACGCCGACAGGGGCUCUGUCUCCAUCAAAGGUGCUCCCUCACAGAUCGGUAUUUGCCCCCAGCGCAACAUCCUUUGGGACACUUUGACGGUCGCGGAACAUGUCAAGAUCUGGAACAUUGUCAAGUCCGGCCGUAGCUCGCCCCACGAACUCGAGCAACUGAUAGAGCAAUGCGACCUCGCCUUCAAGCGAAACUUCAGGGCAAGCAGCCUUAGCGGUGGUCAGAAGCGGAAGCUGCAGCUUGCGUGCAUGUUUACUGGCGAUUCUUCAAUAUGUCUCGUCGACGAAUGCACAUCUGGAUUGGACCCCUUGUCUCGAAGGACAAUCUGGGAAAUUCUACUAGAGCAACGGGCAAAGCGAAGCAUCAUUCUCACCACGCACUUUUUGGAUGAAGUUGACGUUCUUGCCGACUACAUCGUCCUACUUUGCAAAGGAACGGUCAAAUGUCAGGGUAUACCAGCAGAGCUCAAGGACCUGCACAGUGGCGGGUAUAAGGUUUCUGUGCCACUAGCGGUCUCUGCACUGGGACCCAACUAUCCUCGCGCCGUUCACCAGGAUAGGGCCAUUUACUAUGUGCCGAGCCCGGCUGCUGCAUCAAAAGUCGCCUGCAGUUACCUCGACGCUGGUAUCACAGACGUUGCAUUGGCUGGGCCGCAGUUUGAGGACGUUUUUCUCAACAUUCUGCAACGGGAAGCCGCAUCACAGGGCUCAGCGGCGUCAAACAUGACCGAUCCAAGUUUCAAGAUGAGUCCAGGGAAAGCGACCUCGUCAUGGAAACAAUUCUUAGCCCUAUACAGGAAGCGCUGGACGGUUCUUCCAAGAUUCUGGAGCCCAUAUCUGUUUGCUCUGCUGGUGCCACUAGGCCUAGCGUACCUUGCCGGUGGGCUUCUGAAAGAAUACGAACCACCAAGCUGCGACGCCUUGCAAGACACUUCCGCGAUGCAGCGCACAAUGCUGAAGUGGAAUGACUCUUGUACGACUAGUGGAGAUGGUUGUGAUCAGCUCUUGGUCUCACCGGAGCAAGCGAAUGGCACUUUAUUCGACCUCUUUACGGCCGGGUAUGUGGAGUUUUCCAACAUUAGCCUUCGGUCGUAUAGCGACUUUGUUUCAGUGCAGAAGUCGCGGAAAGAAACACUUGACCUCAUAGCUCGCAACACCACCCGGGCUGGCUAUGGCGGCAUUUUCACGGGAACGAGUACCGAAGCCCCGACGAUUGCUUACCGAACUUUGUCGAGCGGUGAGCAAUCUGGUUCCCUGUUACUAGGGAUUUGGAGCCAGAUGCAGGGUGGCACCGAAAUUCGGACGACGCAAGAGCUCAUCCCGAAGAUGCGCAAGAUUGCUGACUUCAACGGCAUAGCCUAUAUGCUCUUAUUCACUCUUCUUCAAGUCCUGUACCCAGCCAGCUUUGUGCUUUAUCCCGCUCUGGAGAAAGCACGACAGGUCAGAGCAAUGCAAUAUGCGAACGGAAUCAGGCCCGGUCCACUUUGGGCGGCAUACACAGCCUUCGACUUGUUAUGGAUUGCCAUUAGCUCUGCGAGCAUGUUGCUGAUAAGUGCUAUUAACGUGACCUUCAACGGUCCCAUAGUCAUACUUCUUCCCGUUCUAUCUCUCUAUGGUAUGACGGCUACGCUCACUGGCUACGUCAUAUCCCACUACACGGAGGGGCCCCUGAAGGCCUAUCUGGCCACUGUUGGAGUAGGUAUGCUUUCUUGGGUUGCCAUGGGCUUUGCUGUCAACCUCGGUGAUGCCAAUUCAGCAGCCGUUACCUUUGGAGCCAAUUUGGUCCUGCCCAUUGGCAAUGUCUUUCGCUCUCUACUUGUUGGCCUCAAUCUCAUGGACGCGGGCUGUAGCAGGGGCAACCCUGUCGCAACAAGCUCACUAUAUGGUUUCGCUGGCCCUUUACUCUACCUCAUGAUCCAAGUGGCUGCUCUCCUUCUACUUGUCACAGUGGUGGAAAUGGGCAGGUCUCGCUCCAGUUUGAGAUGGCUCAUAAAAAAGAGCGCACCUCAGGUCCAAAGGCCUACCGAUAUUGAAUUAGCGUUCAUGCCACUAUCUUCUCCAAUUAUUCUCGAAGAUGCUGUUCAAGAGGAAAAAGAGCGUGCUGAGAGCAGCGAUCAGGACUCCCUUCGUGUCCUGCACGUCAGCAAAUCUUUUGGUACCAAUAGAGCUGUCGACGACGUUACCUUUGGCCUUUCAAAGGGACAGGUCAUAGCCUUGUUGGGACCGAAUGGCGCUGGCAAAUCUACAUUGGUGAGCAUGAUCCAAGCAAACGUCGAGACGGAUAAAGGGCAAAUCACCCUCUGUCAAGAAGACAACAGAAACCUGGCGUCCGGGAGACAUCUGGGAGUUUGUCCCCAAUUCGACGCGUCCGAUCUCAUGUCCACGCGUCAACAACUGUCCUUCUAUGCGCGUGUAAAAGGAAUUUCGGACAUUUCAGGAAACGUGAAUUACCUUCUGGCACGGCUCGACUUGACAUCUCACAGAGACACGCAAGUUUCAAAGUUGUCCGGUGGCAAUAAACGGAAGGUCAUGCUAGCUAUAGCUCUCAUGGGCUCUCCUGCCGUCCUAGUGCUUGAUGAACCCACCACAGCGAUGGAUGCCAUCGCCAAACGCCAAUUUUGGAACAUUGUUCAAGACAUAGCAGGAGAUCAAUCGGUGCUUCUCACGGCAUGUAUAGCCUUUACGCAUGGCAGAAAAGAUGACAGUGCUGACACGAAUAUAGACGCACAGCAUGGAGGAAGCCGAUGCACUCGCCACUCGCACGGUCAUCAUGGCGCGGCGACUUUUAGCUAUUGGUACGACACAAGCGCUUCGUGAGCGCUACUGUGACAAAUACUUUGUUAGUCUUGUCCUCGCCACUGCUCCAGUGUCGUCGACACAGGAGAUGGGGCUCGUAGUCGAUUGGGUCCAUAGCCGCGUUCCUGAAGCAGAUUUCGAGCGAACUAUGCUGGGCGGUCAAAUUCGGUUCACUCUGCCUGCCACAGUAGGUAGCGAACGUGGUAUUUCACUCAUUGCAAACUUCAUUGAAAUGAUCGAACACGGAAAAGCCGUCAUGGGGAUAGCACAUUACUCUAUUAGUAAUGCAACGCUCGAAGACGUUUUCUUAGCGGUAGCUCGGAAGAAUCAGGUCGUGGAAGAGGAGAAUGCGCUAUCCCGUUCGCCCGAGAAAAGGAGAGUUGAUUGGAGAUCAUUGCUCCCAAGAAAUCGACAGUGGCUACGACUUUAGUAUAGAUAACGAUGGAGGACUAACUACGAUCGCGCGUAUCCUUCAAUGCGCGCCCC